UCCACUUCGAUUUUGGCGCGCGCCGUAGUGACGUCACGUCCGCCAUUAAAAGUGGCGCCAUUUCGUCGCCGCACACGGUGGGUUACGCCAUGGCCGUGCAGCUGGACAAGGAGGCUUACUAUCGUCGCGUCAAGCGCCUCUACAACACAUGGCGGAAAGGGGAGGAUGAGUUUGGCAAGGUGGACGCCAUCGUGGUGUCAGUCGGGGUUGACGAGGAGACGGUCUACUCUAAGUCCACCGCGUUACAGACAUGGCUGUUUGGCUACGAGCUGACGGACACAGUCAUGGUGCUGUGCGACGAGAAGAUUGUGCUGAUGGCGAGCAAGAAGAAGGUGGACUUCUUGCGCCAGCUCGCCAGCGGCAAAGGCAGCGAGAACUCGAGCGGUGCACCGCCCGUCACGCUGCUCGUGCGGGACAAGAGUGAGAACAAGGAGAACUUUGACAAGCUGCUGGAGGAGAUCAGGUCCAGCAAGGAGGGCAAGACGAUUGGCGUGUUCUCCAAGGACGGCUACCCCGGCAGCUUCAUGACAAGCUGGCACGACUCGCUCUCCAAGGGCGGCUUCGACAAGGUGGACGUGAGCAGCGUGGUGGCGCUGAUGAUCGCCGUGAAGGAGGAGGGGGAGCUGGCUCUGAUCAAGAAAGCGGCGCUCAUCACUUCAGAGGUUUACAGCAAGUACCUCAAGGAGAAGGUGAUGGAGGUGGUGGACAUGGACCAGAAGGUGCGUCACAGCAAGCUGGCGGAGGGCGUGGAGAAAGCCAUCGAGGACAAGAAGUACCUGGCGGGAGCCGACCCCUCCUCCGUGGAGAUGUGUUACCCGCCUAUCAUCCAGAGCGGGGCCAGCUGCAACUUCAAGUACAGCGCCGUCAGCGACAAGAACCACAUGCACUUCGGUGCCAUCGUGUGCGCGCUGGGCGUGCGCUACAAGUCGUACUGCGCCAACGUGGUGCGCACCCUCAUGGUGGACCCCACGCAGACCAUGCAGGACACCUACACCUUCCUGCUCGGCGUGCAGGAGCACAUGCUGGCGCAGCUCAAGCAAGGUGCGGCACUGUGUGAAGUCUACCAGGCGACGCUGGACUUCGUCAAGAAGGAGCGCUCCGACCUGACCAACGCCUUUUCCAAAAACCUCGGGUUCGGGAUGGGGAUAGAGUUCCGGGAGGGGUCUCUGGUUAUCAACGGCAAGAACCAGACGAAACUCAGAAAAGGGAUGGUGUUUAACAUCAACCUGGGCUUGUGCAACGUGCCCAACAAGGAGAGCAAAUCGGACCGGGACAAGGCCUACUCGCUGUUCAUCGCCGACACCGUGCAGAUCAACGAGGAGGGCCCGGCCACGGUGCUAACGCCCGUGAAGAAGAAGGUGAAGAAUGUGGGCGUCUUCCUUAAGAAUGAGGACGAGGUGGAUGACGACGAUGAUAAGAACGAGGCCAAGGACCUGCUGGGGCGAGGCGUGCGGACGGCAAAUCUUCUGCAGGAGCGCACGCGGAAUGAGAUGACGGCUGAGGAGAAGCGGCGAGCCCACCAAAAGGAGCUGGCAGCGCAGGUCAACGAGGAGGCGAAACGCCGGCUCACGGAGCAGAAGGGCGGCACGCACACUCAGAAGGCUCGCAAGUCGAACGUGUCGUACAAGAACGCGUCCCUGGUGCCCAAGGAGCCCGAGAUCCGGGAAAACAAAAUCUACAUCGACAAGAAGUACGAGACGGUCAUCCUGCCGGUGUUCGGCAUCGCGACGCCCUUCCACAUCUCUACCGUCAAGAACAUCAGCACAUCGGUGGAGGGCGACUACACCUACCUAAGGAUCAACUUCUUCUGCCCGGGCAGCGCCCUGGGUCGCAACGAGGGCAGCGUCUUCCUGAACCCCGACGCCACCUUCCUCAAGGAGAUCACGUAUCGGGCGUCAAACCUGAAGAACCCCGGCGAGGUGGUGGUGCCCUCUAUGAACCUGCAGAACGCCUUCCGCAUCAUCAAGGAGGUCCAGAAGCGCUACAAGACUCGCGAGGCCGAGGAGAAGGAGAUGGAGGGCAUAGUGAAGCAGGACACGCUGGUCAUCAACCCCAACCGCAGCAACCCCAAGCUCAAGGACCUCUACAUCCGGCCCAACAUCGCGCAGAAACGCAUGCAGGGAUUCCUGGAGGCGCACGUCAACGGGUUCCGGUACACGUCGGUGCGCGGUGACAAGGUGGACAUCCUCUACAACAACAUCAAGCACGCGCUCUUCCAGCCGUGCGACGGCGAGAUGAUCAUCGUGCUGCACUUCCACCUCAAGAACGCCAUCAUGUUCGGCAAGAAGCGGCACACUGAUGUGCAGUUCUACACGGAGGUGGGAGAGGUCACCACGGACCUGGGCAAGCACCACCAUAUGCACGACCGCGACGACCUCUACGCCGAGCAGAUGGAGCGCGAGCUGCGCCACAAGCUCAAGACGGCGUUCAAGAGCUUCAUCGAGAAGGUGGAAAACAUCACUAAAGAGAGCCUGGAAUUUGAGGUGCCCUUCCGGGAACUCGGGUUCCAAGGCGCCCCCUACCGCAGCACCACCCUGCUGCAGCCGACGAGCAGCUCCCUGGUGAACGUCACCGAAUGGCCCCCGUUUGUGGUGACGCUGGACGAGCUGGAGCUCGUGCACUUUGAGCGCGUGCAGUUCCACCUCAAGAACUUCGACAUGGUCAUCGUGUACAAGGACUACAGCCACAAGGUCACCAUGGUCAACGCCAUCCCCACCAACUCGCUCGACCCCAUCAAGGAGUGGCUCAACUCGUGCGAUAUCAAGUACACGGAGGGCGUGCAGUCCCUCAACUGGACCAAGAUCAUGAAGACCAUCACGGAUGACCCCGAGGGAUUCUUUGACCAGGGCGGCUGGUCCUUCCUGGACCCCGAGAGCGAUGGCAGCGGCGGUGGCUCGGACCAGGAUUCUGACGAGGAGGCGGAGGACGAGACCUUCAACCCCUCCGAGGUCGAAGAUGACGAUGAAGAGGAGGUCGACGACAGCGACGAGGACUACUCGUCGGAGAUCGAGGAAUCUGGCUCGGAGUUCUCGAUUGGCAGCGAAGAGGAGAGCGGUAAGGACUGGGAUGAGCUGGAGGAGGAGGCGCGACGAGCCGACAAGCAGAUCCUGGAGAAGGAGGAGGAGGACCAGCGGACGGCGCCAACUUCUCGCAAGCGCAAGAGCUCCGGCGGCCGCGAAUCGAGUAGCAAGAACAAGCGGCGCCGCAAGUGAGGCGGGGACAAUAGCCCACCCGCCGGCUCCAAGAGCCAGCUCGGCAAUUUCAGCCAUCCACACCUACCCCUUGCCUCGCCCAGUUUCCGCGAAUCUCACAGCCACGGAAGGCCGGCAAUGGCGGCAACGCGGAAAUGAACACGCGGAGCGUUUGGGCCCCCUGCCCAGCCGCAUCGUGUCGCGGCCCAAGGCUUCCAGCCUCAACACCAGCUCAUCACGCUCCUCCCCAGCACGGCGCCAUCAGGCGACUCCACACGACUCGUUCCCGAAGGACAACGUGAUCGGGCCCUACUGCUAGUGCCAGCCUCUGGCAUGGAACCGGUUCCUAGCGGGGCUCACUGUGGGCAGUGGGUUCCUUGAUGGAGGACGGCAGAAGCACUGCCCGUGGGCCCCCCCCCCCUUUGUUCACCGUGAUGGACACCCCUCCCGAGAGCAUCGUGCCCGGCGUAGUCCCCCCCCCACCUCACCACCUCUUGAGACUUUCCUCGCCCUUUCAGUCCGUGCGCUAGGUCAGUGCUGGCUGCGCCGUCCCUCCCAGGGUCGACCCAGGAGCUGUGGCCGCUGCACCAUUGCUGAGUCGAGCACCGGCAGUUGCCGGUGAAUUGUUUGUGCCGCUGAGGUCAACCCACAUGAGCUCUCCUUUUCAAGAAGAUCGGAGCCAGGAGCAUCUUUGCCAAUUGCCAGGCCGGGAGGGCGUUCGGUAGGGUGAUGGCCGAUGCCGAGGUUGAGAGCGUGUGACGGUGGGGGAGAGUUUCCCUCAUGCUCUCCACUUCACACUCGGCUGCUUUGUAGGUUGUUGCGGUUUGUUUUUUACUUGAUCAUUGGCGCCCAUGCUGGUGUUUAUUGGAGGCUGUCUCUCCUUCACGAUGUCACUGCGGACGUGACCCAGAGUUUUGAGUCGAACGUUAAAUAAACCCCUCCACUUUGACUCGUUUUGCGCGCGCGUGUGUAGGCUUUGCCAUAGUUGGUCAGUCGCAGUAGUUGCCGGCGUUUGUUGGUAAGUUCCUUGUUGGUCACUAUCCGGUCGCCUGGAUCCAUGCGUGGGGGGGGGGGGGGUGAUGUAGAUUGAGGGAAUGGGGAAGCGGUCCACCAGGGGUCGGGUUCUCACCGGAACGUGGCGGUGGGGGUUCUUGUAGUUCAGAAAGCAAUCUUGGCAGCCCGUGGCAAUUCCACUGAACCCUUAGCCCCAACAGCUUCAAUCCUGCUGCUUUGUCCACCGCCGUCACUGUUGAUAUGGCGGGCGUCGCUGUCGGUCGCAUGUUAACAAACGGAGGUUAAAGUGUUGGCGGAAACACUUAUGGCGUGGGCCGAAGGAGGCAUGGGCCGAAGGAGGCGUGGGCCAAAUGCCCCGCGGGGGGUUGGGGGGGAGGCCGACUCAGAGGUCAGUGCCGGCGCUGCCGGGCCACGUUUGACCCCGGUGGGUGUGGGAACCCCGACCAAUCUCAGGUUGUUUGUGUGCCACGUGGUCCCCUCCAUGGUUGUCUGGGCCAUCGCCUUCCUCCAUUCCUAUCGAUUUUUUAAGUCGGGGAGGUUGUGAGAUGCCACCUUUCUCUCUUUUUUACGCAUUGAAUCGUGGAUCAUGUCGUGCUGCAGUGUAUUGUAGUUAUUGUGGGGGAAAUAAAGCUUUGUCGUUUGUU